AUGAAAUUUGUUCUUGAUAAAUUUUCUGUUUUAUCCAUUCGGCACAUCUAUGUAAAGCCUGAACGGAGAAUAGAAGGAAGUGCCAAUAUUUAUCGAAAAAGCCGCGAAGAUAAAGCUAGAAGAGUAGCACUCGCCGCGAUGCCUGCAGUCCCUCAAGUUUCUAUAGAUUUUAGGAAAAAGUUUUUAGAUUGUUUAUAUAGUGAGAAGAGCUGGUGGAGAACUCUGCCUGAAAGAGUAGACUAUUCUGAUGUUGUUAAAGAGCUUUCGUCUUGUAAGGGUCCAAAUGCACCACCUUUAUCUUGGAAACUGAUAAAAUAA